UGUUUUUUUUUUAUUAUUAUUUGUCCGUUGAGUCUCACAACAAUGAAGCCAUCGACAGAAACCAGCUUUCAAAUUGACGUCGUUGCGGAUAGAUGCGGGGUCGUGUGCAAAUACAUCCUCAUCGUUUUCAACAUAAUCUUCACGGUUUUGGGGUUCGCGUCUUUAGUGUUUGGCCUGUGGCUGAAUUUCCAAGACAACGCCAGAGACAUGUUCAAUGUAAACAAUGUCAACAAAGCAAGAAUUGACUCAAAUAUCUUUUACAUAGUCGUCUACAUCCUGGUAAUCCUCGGCUCUGUAAUGGUGGCUUUGGGGAUUUUUGGAGAGCAUGCUGCCUGCAAUGACAAUAAAAUUGCUCUGCAAGUGUUCUGUGUCUUCCUCUUCCUCCUGGCUGUGGCCGCAAUCGCCGUAGGAGCGCUUGCUUAUACCAGCAAGGACACGGUUGGAAAGAAGUUUGGAGAGUUGUACAGCGACGUAUAUAAACUCUACGAGAAGAAUAAAGACGAAACGGUGGCCGCUACUCUCAAAUUUGUCCAUGAUUUGCUCCAGUGCUGCGGAUCGGCCGGAGUCCAACUAACCGAGUUGGUUAAGAAGACUUGCCCGAAGGCGGAUGAUGCGCCGCGGCAUGCGACAUGCCAAGAGAGCAUUGAAAGCUUCAUUGAAAAACGCGCGCCGUUGGUGACUGGCGCCUUCGUUGGAACCGGAGCUCUUUUGAUCACACAAGUCAUCUGCGCCGCCCUGUUCAGUUCAAAGAUUCAUCGGGACUGAAGCGCCUCAGUCAAUUAUUCAGACUCUCUUCAUGUCACCCCUCUGGUGUCUGAGCUGCAGACAUCAAGCAGUUUUCAUCUUUACUGCACAAUCCUCCGAUAGGUUUUCAUCUGACUGCACAAUUACAGAAGCUUUCUUCAGGCCAAAGAGACAUCAUAAUGACAUGAACAUUCCCCCAUGAACAGCAGCCUCUUGCUGCUGUAAUGCUGAAAGUCUGCAGUUUUCUGAAUCACAAGGCUGCAGGGAAGGCAGCUUCAGGACGUGCAAACGCAUCCAAUAGAGGACCACCGCCUUUUUAAGGCUUAUGCUACAGAAUCAUGACAACAAGACGAAAAUUGUUGGCAGCAACGCUUGUGAUAAGGGCCAAAGACGAAAUAGUCUCUGAUUGAGAAACGCCAAGAAAAGACAGACGAUCUGCUAUAGUACAAGGACGGAGAGUAGAGAGCUGAUGCAAUUUCCUGUUGGAUCCACCAGAUUUUUGGUUGAAAAAAAAUGCUUAGAAAUGUUGCCGUAAAUAAAACAGGUGGAUUAAAAACCUACUCUAGGAUCAACUUCUUCCAGGAAAGUCUGGCAAAGAGCCAUUUCAAAACAGUGGAAGUAGUAUAUCCCAAGAACAGAGAAGUUUAGGGUUCCCACACAUAGAAAUACAGAAAUGUUCCAGAGUCACUCUCUACGGUUCUCAGUGCUUUGUGUUUAUUUAAAAUAGAAAGUUCACCAUCAAGUUAUAACAAAAGGAUUCAGGCUGAGUUAGUCGUGCUUUUGAAAGUUUGUGUUGUACAUUAUAUCAUAUAUCAGUAUGUCAUUAUUGUCCAUUUAGAAAAGUUUCCUUGCAGCAAGGAGAGAGAAAAAGAAAAAAACAUUGGCAAAACAGUUAAAAGUUUAUGUACAAAUAUCAAUAAGAGCCUGAUUACAUUUGAAAUCUGAAUAAUAGAUCUUCUCCAUCUGUUGGUUCUUGAUUUGGGCUGCCUGAAUCUCUUCCCAGAUGGUAGAAGCUGAAAUUCACCAAGAAGUGGGAGAUUUGGAGAGUAGGACAAUGUCUUCUUUUUGUAGAAGUCUUUAAAAAGGUUUCUACUAAAUUAGGUAAUCUAAUUUUGUUGGCUACUUUUACAAUGUGCUUGAUCCCGUUCUUGUCUCUGAAACUGCCAAACCAGGUGACAAAAGCGAGGACAGAUCCAGAGAGCUGUAGAAAACGGUCAUCUACUUGGUGCUGUGUUCUCCAAAAGCGAACCAGAAACGGUUCAUAUAAAUGUCAGCAUGAGGUUCUCCCUGCACUGUGGCAGAACAGGCAGAAAUUUAAUUGUAAUUUGAAGUAAUUAGCUGAUUGCAGAACAUGAUCCGAGCCAUUUUGCUGCAACGGUAAUGUCUGGAAAUGAAUUGUCUUUGUGAAUAGAAAGCGUUUCCAUUCUAUAAAUGUGCAAACAAAUGAAGUGGCAUGUUCACACUGGAAUAAACAAACCACUCUGGCAUGCUGUUAUUAAAAUCGGGGCUGAGAACUCA